AUGGCGCAAAUCAAUCACCUCUCAGACCUGACACCUCAAUCUCUAGAAAGAACUUGGCUCACAGCUCCGCACCCAACCCUCCCGAUAGUCGCAACUUGCAGCUCGGACAAGACAGUGCGAGUAUACUCGCUAACAAACUUCACCCUCCUUUCAACAAUAACAGGCGGACACAAGCGCAGCGUCCGCACAGCAGCCUGGAAACCACACACCACAGGCGAGUCCGUGCUAGCAACAGGCAGCUUCGAUGCAACGGUGGGAAUCUGGCGACGAUGGGAUAGCUACGGACGGGAAGACGGCAGCGGCCUAAAAGCCGCCGACACAGGCAACUCAGAUGGAGAAAAGUCAGACGAAAACGACGAAGAAGACGAAGAAGAAUGGCGCUUUGCCGUCCUCCUCGAUGGCCACGACAGCGAAGUAAAAUCCGUCUCGUGGUCCCCGUCCGGCAUGUUACUGGCGACAUGCUCGCGCGACAAAUCAAUCUGGAUCUGGGAGGAUCUCGACGAUGGCGAUAACAACUUCGAGACCGUGGCUGUGAUGCAGGAGCAUGGUGGUGAUGUGAAGUGUGUAGCAUGGCAUCCUGUGGAAGAAUGUCUGGCGAGCGGGAGCUACGACGAUACGAUCCGAUUGUGGCGAGAGGAUCUGGACGAUUGGGGCCAAGUCGCUUGUAUCAAGGGUCAUUCGGGGACGGUAUGGUUCUUGGACUGGGAGGGUUCUGAGAAUGUGCCGUCCUCGUCCUCGGUCUCGUCCUCCGGUGAUGUCGCGUCGCAAUGGCGUUCCCAGACGGCGCUUUCGGGCCCGCGUCUUCUUUCUUGCUCGGAUGACCGCAGUGUGCGAGUCUGGCAUCGCCAGCCGAAGGAAAGCCUGAUGGCGUCUCAGUCUUCUUCUGCGGCGACGGGGAUCCCGAGUAUUAUUCGGCCUACUGGAACGGAUGAGACGUGGGAAGAGGAUGCUGUUCUCCCGCAUGCACACGAGUUGGCUGUUUAUGCUGUUGCGUGGAGUAAGCGGAGUGGACUUGUUGCUUCUACUGGUGCUGAUGGGCGGAUUGCACUUUAUGAAGAGCGGUUUGUGACAUCCGAGAACAAGGAUCCCGAUGUCAUGGACACUGGGUCUGGGGAUGGAUUGUUGAAGACCGAGUGGGUGCUCAUUGCUAUUCAUGAUGGCGCGCAUGGCAUUUAUGAAAUCAACCAUUGUGCCUGGGCGAAGAGGGCGGAUCGUGGAUCUGAAUCUGGCGAGGAGCUGCUUAUUACGACGGCUGAUGAUGGAAGUGUCAAGGUCUGGACUGUGCAGCGGUAA